AUGCCGGACGUGGACCGACUGGGACACCACGGAUUAUCUUGUCAAAAAAGUGCAGGCCGGUUUUCGAGACACGCGUCGCUCAAUGACAUAAUCCGUCGGUCUCUUGCCACCAUCAAUGUCCCUGCUCUUCUUGAGUCGACUGGCAUUAUCAGAGAUGAUGGCAAGAGGCCCGACGGGGUGUCUUUAGUUCCUUGGAGCUUGGGACGGAUGCUGGUGUGGAAUGCUACCUGUGUAGACACGCUGGCACCGUCCCACCUCCAACGGACUACUGUAAAAGCGGGCGGGGCGGCGGAAAGCGCCGAAAUUCUAAAACGUCUUGUCAAAAAGGAAGUGAAAGAAGAGAUGCAACGUGUGAAGGAUGAGCCAGUGUACGACGACAGUGCCGAAACGAGCGAGGCUGCGCUGGACGAGCACGUGGUCAAGGACGAGCUCGUGCUGGGGCCGGAGCGCCCGCACCGCCCCGAUGUUGGCCUCGUGGUGCGCGAUGGGGCAGUCGGUGACACAGGUGGGUGUCCGCUGGCUUUGGAUCGCGGCGGAGCACAGCUCGCGCGGGUCUCCACCGAGCGGCUCGAGCGUUGCGACGACGCCACAUCACACCACGUGCUAAGCGAGACCACGAGCGCGCAAAUGCUCACUGAACACAAUUCACCACUGAGUGGUGAAAAGCAACAUAAACAAAUGCACAGUGGUGAAAAAUCAUAUCCAUGUGAAAUAUGUGAAAAAAAGUUUAGACGAUUAGUUGAAUUAAGCAUUCAUACACGAGUCCACACCGGCGAAAAACCAUAUCAGUGUGAAGUAUGUCAAAAAAGGUUUACUCAAUCGAGUCAAGUAAAAAUACAUAAACGAUGCCACACUGGCGAAAAACCAUAUCAAUGUGAAGUGUGUGAAAAGAAGUUUACCCAAUCGAGUCAAUUAAAAUCACAUAAACGAUCCCACACUGGUGAAAAACCAUACCAAUGUGAAGUGUGUGAAAAAAAGUUUAACCAAAGAGGUGGAUUAAAAUUACAUAAACGAUCCCACACUGGGGAAAAACCAUAUCAAUGUGAAAUAUGUCAAAAGCAAUUCAGCGACCCGAGUCAUGCAAAGAUUCAUAAACUAUUACACACUGGCGAAAAACCAUAUCAAUGUGAACUUUGUGAAAAAAGAUUCACUCAAUUGGGUAAUUUAAAAAAACAUAAACGAUCCCACACUGGCGAAAAACCAUACCAAUGUGAACUGUGUGAAAAAAGAUUCACUAACUCGAAUACUUUAAAAUUACACAAUCGUUUACACACUGGUGAGAAACCAUAUCAAUGUGAAGUGUGUGAAAAAAAAUUCACUCAAUUGGGUAGUUUAAAAACACAUAAACGACAUCACGUUGGCGAAUAACUAUAUCAGUGUGAAGUAUACAAAGAACAAUUCAGAGAGUUGAGUAUUGCUAUCAAGCUAAUACAGCGAGCAUUUUCCAACAUUAAGGAAUAUUUUGAAUGAAUACGAUGGUGAUCAUAUUGUAUAACACAUAGCUUUUAAGUCACGAAACUAGUUAAUUUAGAUACUAACUUAAAUAUCUAUUAGUCUAGGUAGUACCUAACCAAUUAGUUUAAGACAAUUUGCAUAGUUAAUAUAGGUAUUAAGGGGCUACUUGCGGUUUUUAUCGAUUUUUGACAAGUUUUGAAUCGUAUCUCCUACAUUUGC